CAUGACUUUGGGUGGGAGCAUGACUUUGGGUGGGAGCAUGACUUUGGGUGGGAACAUGACUUUGGGUGGAAACAUGACUUUGGGUGGAAACAUGACUUUGGCUGGAAACAUGGCUUUGGGUGGGAACAUGACUUUGGGUGGGAACAUGACUUUGGGUGGAAACAUGACUUUGGGUGA